AUGAUCGAGUUUGUGUAUAGUGUACGAAAAUUAAAAGAUGGGAAGGAAUAUGCAUCUUCAUCAUUAUGCAAUGCUAUUAAUUGUCUUGUGAUGUAUCUUUUAGAUAAUUCUUUAAAUAUUAAUAAAUAUAACUUGGCCAGUAAACAAGAGUUUAGAGAUCUAUGGAAGACGCUAGAUAGUAAAAUGAAGCAACUUAAGAAAAUAGGAAAAUGCUGUUUGUUGUUUGCUCCCCAGAGCGGUGAGCAUGGUGAAAUGUGUGUAUCUCAAUUUGUUUUUACUUCAAAUGGUGGUUUACAAUUCACAAAAUUCUCACAAAAAAAUGAUCAAGGUGGCAUUGAUGGCAACUUAGAUUCAUUAACUAUCCCAGUACCACCUGAUCCUGAAGGUUUACUUGGUCUUAUUCAUGAUAUAAAAUUAUAUAUUGAACAUCGGCCAACUAAUUUUACUUGUGAUUACUUACAUUUAAAAAUUAACAAGCAUUCAAAAACUAUUGUUAAAAAUGAAUGGUAUCUUGAUUCAAAACUUGGAAUUAAAACUUGUGGCAACUUUAUGAAAAGCAUCUGUAAUGCAGCUAGUGUGCCAAUUAUUACUUCAAUAGCAAUCACGAGGCAUAAAAGUGAAUCAUCCUUUAGAAUUUAUUCAAGACCAUCAGAUAAGCAGAAAGAAGAUGCAUUGGCUUUUUUAAUUGAAUCUGCUAGAAAAUUACUAUCAAAUAAAAAAAAUUCUAAAAAAUUACACUUAUCUCAAAAAAAGAUAUUAACAGAAGCUUCAUCUCCUCU